AUGAUACAUCGCUCUGAGGAGGGAACUGCAGAUGCCGACGCCACGCUUAUGGGUGGUAUAGUAGCACCGACUGCACAGUUCAUGGUCGUUUUGGUGUGCCUGAUUUUCAGCGUACUAUCGACGAUCGACGAGUAUUCCGGGUUUGCGAACGAGACGCUAUUUUGGAUGGAAAUUUGCCUGGUCGUGUUCUUCGGCGUCGAGUAUAUGAUACGAUUAUGGUCGGCCGGUUGCAGGUCCAAGUACAUGGGCAGUUUCGGCAGGUUCCGUUUCAUCCGGAAACCCAUAUGCAUCAUCGAUCUAAUCGUCGUCGUGGCAUCAAUCGUGGUCUUAUCGAUCGGUUCCAACGGACAGGUGUUUGCCACAUCGGCGAUAAGAGGCAUUAGGUUUCUACAAAUAUUGAGAAUGCUUCACGUGGACCGUCAGGGCGGUACAUGGCGGCUUCUCGGCUCAGUUGUAUUUAUUCAUAGACAAGAGCUCAUCACUACGUUGUACAUAGGAUUUUUAGGUUUAAUAUUUAGCAGCUACUUUGUUUACCUCGCUGAAAAAGAUGCGGUCAGUAAGGAUGGGAAAUCCAGAAACGAUUUUUCCAGCUACGCGGACGCGCUCUGGUGGGGAGUGAUCACUGUUACGACGAUAGGUUACGGUGACGCAGUGCCUCAGACGUGGAUCGGCAAGAUCGUCGCCUCGUGUUUCAGCGUAUUCGCGAUUUCGUUCUUCGCACUACCAGCUGGCAUAUUGGGUUCUGGGUUCGCAUUAAAAGUGCAGCAAAAACAACGGCAGAAGCAUUUCAACCGGCAAAUACCUGCGGCCGCGAUGCUGAUACAAUGCCUGUGGAGGUGCUACGCGGCGGAUAAAUGUUUCAACAGCCAAGCCACUUGGGACAUUUACAUCAAGGAACCGGGACACCCGAAAGAUAACUCGUCGUUGAGUAAAUCUUUGAUCAUGCAAGUAGCGAAGCGCGCCAGCGUCUUGAAGCGGAAGAGAUCAAAAAGCAAAAUGGACACACCCGGUGCGACGAAUAAUAAUAGGGAUUGCCCGCAAGCUCAAACUUUACCCCCACCGCCCAGAAGGGACAGUGACGGCGAAGUCGUUUUCUACAUAGAAGAACCCAAAGCGACCACUCCAAAUCGCGUUAGAAGAGAAGCUAGAGGAUAUGUCAGCCAGACGAGUUCCGUGACGGAAGCUGCAAGCGACGAAGUCGACUUGGAAAUGGAACCAGAGCGAGUGACUACGUUAACCGACGUACACAAAAAUGCUAUUCGAGCCAUUAGAAAGAUCAAAUAUUUUGUAGCCAGAAGAAAAUUUCAACAAGCUAGAAAACCAUACGAUGUACGUGAUGUUAUCGAACAAUACAGUCAAGGUCAUUUAAAUAUGAUGGUUCGAAUAAAGGAAUUGCAAAGAAGGUUAGAUCAAACUCUCGGAAAGCCAGGAAGCUACCUGGCAGGAAUUGACCGAUCAGGCAAUGUUAAGCCUAUGACAAUUGGUGCUCGUUUGUAUAGGCUAGAACAGCAGCUAUCCAUUAUGGACAAGAAGCUGGAUCAGUUGGUGUACCUUUUAAACGUCCAGACGCACAGACAACAGUUUCCGGCCUUAGAAGAACAAGUUUAA